CAAGCCUGCAACUUUCAGUACAACAACAUGUCUCAAGUGUUUCGCGAUUCUACUAACAAGACGCCCACCAGCAUGAUGAGGGACUUGACACUACGAAAGAACUCUGCCAGUAGUGGCCGGAAAAUUUCACAAACUCUUCCAAGCCAAUCAUGCUAUAGUAUGAACGGGACAUCUAAGAAUCAAAAAGGCCUACGAAGACGUGACUUGACACCGUCCAGAGCUUUCGCUGGGUCGAAUAUUACCGGCAUUCUUGGCGGAGAUCGUUACGUAGCAGUGAAGAAAAGCGAACAAGAACUAGAACUUACUAAUUAUCUGAUGCAGCAGCCUCCUGACUCAACGUUUAACACAUCAAACUCUGCUCCUGCUAGUCCGGCUAAGAACUACGAGCAAGAGCAAAUGAAAAGAAUGAUGCGAGCGAAAUCUUCCGGCAACUUGACAGACGCCGGAGAAGAUGAUCGCAUCUUAUGUUACAAAAAGAACAUGGCGCCAUUACCUGCUAUCGGUCACCUGAAUCAGGCAAAGGUGCUCUACUCAACAUGUGUGCAGCCUUCCUCAGCAGUGAAGAAAUCAUCGAGAUUCAUUCCACAACACCCGGAACGUGUACUGGAUGCUCCUGACUUCAAAGAUGACUACUACAUGAACGUAAUUGACUGGAGCAGCUGCGGCAUUGUAGCUGUAGCGCUCUCCUGUACCCUGUAUCUAUGGAACGCUGACAGCGGUGACAUUAUGGUACUCUUCGAACUCGAUGAAAGCAAUGAGAUGAAUCUGAUAACUUCCGUGAAAUGGUCAGCAGAUGGUAAAUUCAUUGCUGUUGGUUUCAAGGAUGGUUCGUUAAAGCUGUAUGACCCGGCAAGAACUCCUCCACCAAAUGGGAAGCUGGAAUUGAGAACUAUGAAACCACCGAGGCAGUCUCGUAAUGGAGUGCUUGGAUGGCAUGGCGCUGUCGUUUCUGCUGGCUAUCAAUCAGGACAGAUUAUCCAUCAUGACGUUAGAGUGGCAAAGCACAUCACAGGCAUUUGGGAAGGCCACGAACGUGAAGUAGUUGGUCUGCACUGGUCCCCAAAUCAGACAAAGCUUGCCACCGGAAGUGGUGAUAACACAGUUCGCGUCUGGGAUGAUAGUCGACUUGGGAGUAACACCACGGAGAGUUUGUUCGUUCUCGAUGAUCAUGUCGGGUCUGUACGAGCCGUACAGUUCUGUAAUUACAAAACAAGUCUGCUAGCUACUGGAGGAGGGAUGCAGUGCAAGGCGAUUAAGUUGUGGAAUGUAAAUAGCGGAGAAAUGCUGAAGAGUAUAGAUACAGGAGCUGCUGUCAAUGGUAUAAUAUUCAAUAGUGACUAUAAGGAGAUGAUGUCUGCGCAUGCAUGCGGAAAACUGGUCAUUUGGAAACAUCCCAACUAUAAUGAAAUCGCAAAGCUAUCAGGCCAUGCUCCUGAGCGUGCCAUCUCUAUAGUUCAGUCCCCAUGUGGCCAAUAUGUUAUGACCGCAGGCGGAGAUGAAGCACUCCGCACUUGGCAUCCAUUCAAGGUGGACAAAAGUACUCAACAACUGACGCAGCGAUUCAAAACAGGAAUAUUAGGUGGUGUUGGUGGAGCGGUAAAACUUGCAGUGAGGAUGGACCUCAUGCAGACUAUCCUCGGUAUCGAAGCUGCAGCUGCACUGAGGAAAAAAGAGUCAGUUUGCAAUAAAAGAGGUUCGAAAGGAUGGGAGCAAGCAUCACCAGGUCUUUCAAUAGACGCGGAAAAUGCUGAUAAUGCUGCCGACUCAACAGUGACCAUAGCAAGCACUUUGGCGGACAGCCGAGAUGCCAAGUUGCGCGAUAAAAUCGCCUUUGUUCGCGCUAUCGCCAAGAGACAAGAUAUAAUCUUCUGUGAUGCAGUAAAUUUGAAAGCAAAAGAAGAAGCGUGGAAGGAAGUCGCCAAAGAGGUUGAAGACUUGGGACUGAAAUCUUUUGCUGGAAAGACAUGGAUGAGAAUGCGAGAUCAUGACUGGCAAUAUGUGCGCCGUCAUGCCCUCGCCCGGAGCGAAAAUAGUCACAAGCCCUCGGGAAAAUUGGGGGAGUUGGAUCAGCUGGUUCUGGAAAUCGUGAACAAAUUCAAUGGACGGCUUUCGAACGAUUAUCAUGUGGAGCAAGUGCUUUUUGAUAUGAUGAGUGAAGAUUCUGAGAUAGCAGAAGUGAAAGCUGAAGUGAAUCUCCUUACUCAACAUCCGGAGGUCAAGCUUGAACCUCCAUCGAGGAGCUGCGAUGCAUCAGCUGCUGCUUCCGUUGUGUCAUCUUCUCUCACGCAGUUGAUGGCUCACCCCGCAUCAUCUUUGUCACUCACGACUGGCACAACUAAAUCGGACUCUUCAGCACCCAGCUGCUCGAACAUCAUACCAAAAAUCAAAUCAGUUGAAACAAAUGCAGUACUGUCUUCGUCAAGCGAGUCGAAUGAAAGUUCAUUACCACAAGACAACGAGCAGACACAACCAGUCUUCGAGAACACGAUAAAAGUGUCCACCUCACUUUCAAGAUUGAGUCCGGUACCGACGAAACGUGCGAGACCUGGAGAUUUGAUCGAUGCCGCCGAAUGUAACAGUGAUGAGAGUGUCGCAUUUCUUCGAAGGAAAAGAGAGCUGGAAUUGAGGAGGCUGGAACUGGAGAACGAAAAGCUGGAAAAGGAGAUUCAGUCCCUAUUGAAUCAAGAGAAACGGGCUAAAGAGCUGCAUAAUAUCGAGCUGAGACGGCUGCGAUUGCAGAUGGUGAUGAUGGGGGCGGAUCUGUUGCAAGAACCGCAGCGAGAGGAGUAGAGAUAGUGAGUGGCUCUUCCUUCUUCUUGUGAUUCUACUCUCCUCCGCAGCUGCUCUCAGCUGCAGACGGUUUCCCCAUUUCCGUUUUCUCCCCCCCCCCCCUCUCGUUUGUAUUUGAUGCUUAAUAAUUUAUAUCACUUUACUACACAUGCUAAGCUAUGCACUAUAGCGUGUAAUUUGUUUAUAGUCGCCAUUCGAUGACGAUUGUUUUGUUUACCGUUUUGUCAUUGAUCUGUCUGUGAUACUCAAACCCUUUCCCAAAGUGAGUUAGCAGAACAAUCAAUAAUGUACAUACAUAGAAGUACUAUAAUGGUAUAAAAGGACCAUUGUAAGUUAAUAAUACUCAUAUAAUCACGUUACCCUUGUUAAUUAUAUUCCUGAAUUCGUGUAAUCUGGUUGUGAUGGCAGUGUCGAUGUUGAGUCAUCCUACGGAACUUUUUGUGACUCAUUUUCAAUCUUUAUUGCUCUAAUUUUCAUCUCCGUUAUUGACCCAGUUUUGCUGAAAACGGUUGUGUUACAUUUUAUUCCAUUAUGGUCUAGCAGAGAUCUGUUAUGUGUCUUGUUGAAAAGUGGUUCAAAGUCAUAUAAAUAUUUUUUUCGCGUCACGUUUU